UUGCAGUAGCCUUUCCGAACAUGACGGGGAAGCGCUUAUCCCAGGAAAAUGGUGAUAGGAACCAGGAAUUUUUAGAAAAACUGGAAUACAGGGAUCCUGCAGUCUCGGGAAACGUGGAAUCAGUCAUUACCGGAAAAAUUUUAUCUGCACGUUGGCCUAAAAGUUAUCUGUAUGAAGUCACUAGGACAGGGAUCGGAAAACUUAGAAAGAAAACAUUCGACGAAAUUGAUAGAACUGAUUCUGGAGGACUCGAUAAAAGAACUUUUUACGAAAUCGAUAGAGCUGCUUUAGGAGGACUCCAUAAAAGAACUUUUGACGAAAUCGAUAGAGCUGCUUUUGAAGGACUCGAUAAAAGAACUUUUGACGAAAUCGAUAGAGCUGCUUUUGAAGGACUCGAUAAAAGAACUUUUGACGAAAUCGACAGAGCUGCCUUCGGAGGACUUGGUAAACGAACAUCUGACGAUAUCGAUAGUAGUGGUCUCAAAAUACACGAAGAUUAAAAUACAUUUACUGACUGUU